UAUGUCAUCGAAAUCCUAUACGAUUUAUCGACAUAGCAGGUUGUUAGCUAAAUUUGCAAUGGAUAAGGAUUCCGAUUCCACGGUCACCUCCUUGGACGAAAAUACGGAAAACUUCUGCACAAACCCAACGCGCGAUAUUCUGGCCGAAGGCAUCACAAAUCUCUUCAAGCCCACCAUCGAAAAGCUCGACGAACGCGUCGCAUCGACCAUACAACUGCAAUCAGAGCUGCGUGGACAGUUGGAUGCACUGGCUGCCCAGCUGCGGGACAUUGAGAAGGCACAGAACCAAAUACCUGAAUUCGCCGACAAGGUCAAGGAGUUGCUGAACGUCAAGCACAAAGUGACCAUUAUCAGCAACGUCCUGAGCAACAGCCAGGAACGUUUGACAGGUCUGCACCGGCUCAUCGAGAAAGAGCAGCGGAGACGGCAGGCGCUGCUCGACUCGGCUCUGACCACCAACAUAUCGUAG